AUGACGUUGUCAAUCACUACACUGGCUAUAGCAUGCCUGGCUGUUCUCGCCAUCUAUAAAGUGAUCAUUUACCCAGCCUUCCUAUCGCCAUUAUCCAAGAUUCCCAAUGCUCACUGGAGUGCCUCCUUCUCCCCGGUAUGGAUGCUCUGGAGGCGAUUCACAAGCCGGAACAACAGAACCAUCCAAGCAGUCCAUGAGAAACUAGGUCCGAUAGUUAGACUUGGACCAUCCGAGAUCUCCAUCAACUGCGUCGACGGCGGAAUCAAAUCUGUCUACACUGGCGGCUUCGAGAAACAUGACUGGUACCCACGAGUCUUCGGUUCAUUUGGAACUGUGAGCAUGUUCACCAUGACGGGAAGCAAGACCCACUCCAACCGGAAGAGAAUGUUAUCAAAUAUCUACUCCAAGUCAACCUUGCAGACAUCUCCCCAUCUGGGCGUUGCAUCCAAUGCAGUCAUCUUCGACCGUCUGCUACCUCUUCUCCAAGAAACAGCAUCAUCCGAUAAAGACAUUGACGUGCACGACCUAAACCAAGGACUAACAAUGGACUUCGUCUCAUCCUACCUAUUCGGUCUUCAAAAUGGAACGAAUUUCCUUCAAGAUGAGUCCCUCCGGAAAGGCUGGCUCCAUCUAUAUCUAUGCCGAAAACCGUUCGAGUUCUAUGCCCAGGAAGUCCCCUACCUAGAUGGCUGGCUGAGACGUAUCGGCCUCCGUGUGAUACCGAAAUACUGCGACGAAGCAAAUGCACACCUCGACGCGUGGGCUUUAGAUCUAUGCGACAGGGGCGAUCAAUUGAUGGCGUCAACUGAGCCGGGCGUUGAACCCAGUGUAUACAAGCAGUUGAAACAAGCUCUAGACAAAGAUUCCGCGAAGAAAGGCGUCGCGGAUGUUAAUAGAGCUCAGCAGCGACUUGAUAUUGCAUGUGAGAUGUAUGAUCAGCUGACAGCGGGCUUUGAAACCAGUGCUGUUGGUCUUACGUAUUUGCUUUGGCAACUUUCUCGGAAUGAAGAUGUGCAGAACCAACUUCGUGAUGAGUUAUUGACUCUCAAUCCUCCGAUUUCUUAUCCGAAGUCUGCGGAACUCCCUUCCGCCAAGUCGAUUGAUAACCUUCCCUUCCUGGAAGCUAUUGUGACUGAGACGUUGAGACUGCAUGCUCCCAUCCCCGGUAUUCAACCUCGAGUUACACCAUCUCCGCCUUGUACUUUGGCUGGGUAUGGGAAUAUUCCGCCUAACACUAGAGUGAAUGCUCAAGCUUAUUCUCUGCACCGCAACCCGGAGGUUUUCCCUGACCCGGAGAGCUGGCAACCGAAGCGGUGGUUGGUUGAUGAAAACUCAGCCGCCGAGCUGGAUGAGCGACGUCGGUGGUUCUGGGCAUUUGGUAGUGGAGGGCGGAUGUGUGUUGGAAGUAAUCUGGCAUUGCAAGAGAUGAAGUUGGCCGUCGCGGCGAUAUACACAAAUUUCCGCACGACCAUUGUUAACGAUGACAAGAUCGAAGCAAUUGAUGCCUACACCGUCAAACCACAAGGCGACAAACUGAUCCUAAAGUUCGAAGCAGUAUGA